CUUCAUCCGGCAUCGUUGGAAAAUUCAUUUUUUGACACACCGCACGUGUGAAUAUCGUAUAUUAGUAGGUUAUAUUUUAAAUAAUUAUAUUGAUUUCUUCAAGAAAAAUUGUACAAUUUACAAAAAAUGGCUCAAGGCAAAUUAAAAGUAAAGACAAAAACACCGGCUUCCGUGAAAACUAAAGCUAUCAAAAAACAAAAAGGUCCAGCAUCUCAACGAAGAGGAAAUGCACCGAUUCAAUCGAAAAAAGCUAAAUUUCAAGAGGCGCACAAACUCAAGAAAAUAAUAUCAAAAACUGUAAAUACGGCAAUGGAAAAUGAAUUAAGAGAAAAAGCUUUAGAUGGAAAAAUGUCGUUAACGAAUAAAAAAACUUCUGAAUCGACGAAAAAAUGAUAUAUUUUAUAGGAUGUGAGUAUUAAUUGCACUAAAAUAAUUUUAUCAUCGAGAGAGAAAAGAAAAAAAUUUUAAAUGAAAUUAUUUUCUCUAUCGUUGUGUGCAAUUUAAUUUUUUAUUGUCGACGCUGAAAAGAAAAAAAGGAAAAGAGAAAUAUUUCAGAAAUACGAAAAAAAAUAGUUUAUUUUUACAAUUCUCUCUCUCUCUCUCUCUCUCUCUGUAUGUAUAUAAUAUUGUACAUUUUUUUUUUUUCAUGAAAAAUGUACUACUUGGAUAUAAAGCAUUGAUAUAUAACUUCAUUAUAUAAAUAUUUUUUCUUUUUUUGGGAAAAACUUAAUAAUUUUCUUAUAUAAAGAAUUGAAACUGCA